CCAAUCAGAACCGUGAACGUCACAUCCGCCCCGCCCCUCCCGGAUCCUCCUCUUCUGCCAGUGGUCUUGUUCGUCAGAAGACGCCGCUUCGUUAUCGGGACCAGAGUCGUUAUCUGUCUAUCUCACGUUGCCCGAGCUGCCAUCAUGUCCUCAGUGCUGCAGAAACUCAUCACCCCCCUGGCCAGCAAUGCCUCCGAGACCCCCCGAAACAAGGUGACGGUGGUGGGGGUGGGCCAGGUGGGCAUGGCCUGCGCCGUGAGCAUCCUUCUGCGGGACCUGUGUGAUGAGCUGGCUCUUGUUGACGUCAUGGAGGAUCGUCUGAAGGGAGAGAUGAUGGACCUGCAGCACGGCAGCCUCUUCCUGAAGACCUCCAAGAUUGUGGCGGAUAAAGACUACGCGGUCACGGCCAACUCCCGCCUGGUUGUGGUGACUGCUGGUGUCCGCCAGCAGGAGGGCGAGAGCCGCCUCAACCUGGUGCAAAGGAACGUCAACGUCUUCAAGGCCAUCAUUCCACAGAUCAUCAAGUACAGCCCCAACUGCACCAUCGUGGUGGUGUCCAACCCCGUGGACGUGCUGACCUACGUGACCUGGAAGCUCAGCGGUCUGCCGAAGCACCGCGUCAUCGGCAGCGGCACCAACCUGGACUCUGCGCGUUUCCGCUAUCUGAUGGCUGAGCGCCUGGGCAUCCACGCCAGCUCCUUCAACGGUUGGGUGUUGGGCGAGCACGGAGACACCAGCGUGCCUGUGUGGAGCGGCGCCAACGUGGCGGGAGUCAACCUGCAGAAGCUGAACCCCGACAUCGGCACGGAUGCUGACAAGGAGCAGUGGAAGGCCACGCACAAGGCAGUGGUGGACAGUGCCUAUGAGGUGAUCAAGCUGAAGGGUUACACCAACUGGGCCAUCGGCCUGAGCGUGGCCGACCUGACGGAGAGCAUCUUGAAGAACAUGAGCCGCGUGCAUCCCGUGUCCACCAUGGUGAAGGACAUGUACGGCAUCGGCGAGGAGGUCUUCCUGUCUCUGCCCUGCGUGCUGAACAGCUCCGGCGUGGGCAGCGUGGUCAACAUGACUCUGACCGAGGGGGAGGUGGCACAGCUGAGGAAGAGCGCCGACACGCUGUGGGGGAUCCAGAAGGACCUGAAGGACCUGUGAGCGCCGUGUCCCCGUGGUGUCCCCGCACUCCUCGCUCUGGCUCCGGAGGGGCAGACCUGUGUUUUUUAACCCCCCCCCUGCUGAAAACACAGGCAUGCUCCUUUAAGGGGCCCUCUGAAGCUGCUGUUGGUGUUUGCAGAUCCCUGCUCUUAUGAUCACACCACCCCCCUGUGUGUGUUUGUUACCUUCUACCUGUUACUGAAUAAAGUUGAGUCUACCUAUUGC